GAGACUUUCUAGGCGCUAGCUAGCUCGCCAUCGCUAGCGAAUGUAAAACAGAUGAAGACUAGCCAAGUCUAAUUUUGCAUACAAUCCAGCUGUCGUCGCAGCGUCAGUUGUGUUAAAAACGUCCAUCUUGUUAAUGGGAUAUCUUGUGUUUAAUAAGUAGAGGUGAUCAUGGGGAUCAAGGUUCAGCGUCCUCGGUGCUUCCUUGACAUUGGAAUCGGUAAUGUGCUCGUUGGCAGAGUGGUUGUGGAGCUGUUUUCAGAUAUCUGCCCCAAAACUUGUGAAAACUUCAGAUGUCUUUGCACAGGUGAGAAAGGUGUUGGCAAAGGAACCCAGAAACCCCUGCACUACAAAGGAUGUCUGUUCCAUCGCAUUGUAAAAGACUUCAUGAUUCAAGGAGGAGACUUCAGUGAAGGUAACGGAAGAGGAGGCGAAUCGAUCUAUGGAGGCUUUUUCGAAGAUGAAAGCUUUGCUAUUAAACACAACAAGGAGUACCUGCUGUCGAUGGCCAAUAGGGGCAAAGAUACAAAUGGAUCACAGUUUUUCAUAACAACAAAACCCUCGCCACAUCUGGAUGGUGUCCAUGUGGUUUUUGGCCAUGUAAUUUCUGGCCAAGAGGUUGUUCAAACCAUGGAAAACCAGAAAACUGACGCAAAUAACAAACCAUAUGCUGAUGUGAAAGUUUUGAACUGUGGAGAGCUUGUCCCUAAAUCUAAAGCAAAGAAAGAUGAAAAAAAGAGGGAACGAGCCUCUUCCAGUUCCAGCAGCAGCUCCAGCGAAUCUGAGAGCUCAUCAGAAACCUCCUCUGAUUCUGAAGACUCUGAGAAAGAAUCGAAGAAGAAGAAGAAGAAGGCAAAAAAGCUUAAAAAGAAACAGAAGAAGAAGGACAAGAAAAGGUCAGAGGCUGAAAGUGCUGAAGAGAAGGAACAAGAAGAGUUGGUAACAUCUACUGUACGUCCUGAAGAAAUUCCACCCAUCCCAGAGAAUCGAUUCCUCAUGAGGAGGAGCCCCCAGGCAGUCCAGAAGUCAAAAGAAGAAGUGGAAAAAGAUCAGCGGAAUAAAGAGGAGAGGACAAGAGAGAAUACUGGCAUAUCAUAUAAUUCUCAGUCAGCAUAUCACAGAAGACUGGUGACGACACGGUCUGGGAGGAAAAUAAAAGGCAGGGGUCCAAGGCGGUAUCGGACUCCAUCGCGCUCUCGCUCUAGGUCCAGAGAUCGGUUUCGGCGCAGUGAAACCCCUCCACACUGGCGUCAGGAGAUGCACCGUCAGAGGAUGAGGGCGGUCACUGGAGAACGCUGGAUUAAGGGUGACAGAAGUGACAUGAAUGAAACCAAGGAUGAUUCUGCUAAAACUCCGAGAAGAGAGAGACGGACCUCCAGUGCAAAGCGUGAACACACAGAUGAGGGUAGAAAAGAAAAGAAAACUCAAUCACGUAGAUCCAAAAGCAAAGAAGAGGAUGCUGUCCAACAGGAUGAGAAGCAAAGCAAACACAAGGCAAAGAAAAGGGAUAAGUCUCAAAGCCGCAGUAAAAGCAGAGACAAGACUAGGAGGUCAAAAAGCAGAGAGAGGAGUCACAAGCGCAGAAGUGAUGAGAGAAGAGGUCGCUCAAGGAGCAAAGACCGAAAUUCUAAAAAGAAAGAUAAGGAGACAGAAUCCGAUCAUAGUAAAGAUAGAAAUAAGGGUCACGAGUCUGAUAAAAAGCAUAAAGAGGAGACCAAAGGAAGUAAUGGUGUUAAAACUAGGACAAAGUCACAAAGUAAGGAAAGAGCAACAAAAGACGAGCACAGAUCUAGCAGCAGGAACAGGGAUAGAAGUAGACCUGCAUUAUCAAAAGAUGAGGAAAAACGUGAAAAAGACAGAGAGAAGGACAGAGAACGUAGCAGGAGUCAGGAGAGACGACACAACAGCGAAAAAGAAAAUAGAAAGCGAGGAACAUCCAGGGAUAAGGAACAUCGAACAAGAAGUCCAGACAGAAACAAGCCUAGAGACUCGCACAGAAGCCGACGAUCCAGAAGCAGAAGUAAUAGGAGAGACCACAGCAAAGAACGAUCAUCUUAUAGAAAGGACAGAGACAGAGACGCCAACCAAAGGAGAAGACGCAGCAGCAGCUCUGACAGUGACAGAGACAAGAAAAGGAGGAAUGAAAAGAGUCCAGAUUCCAAGCAGAGCAGAGCCAAUAGUACCUCCAAAUCCAAAGACAGAAGAAGCCCAGUCAAACCAAGACCAGAUAGUACAAAAGGCAAAGACAGAAACGACAGCAAGAGGAAUAAAUCGAGCUCUAGCUCAAGCUCUGACAGUGACUGAUAUCAUAAAGGAGUAGGGUGAGGAUUCCAGAAGUCCUGUUUUGUACCCACUAUACACGUAGUAUGCAACAACAGCUUUCCAUCUACAGUGAGACUCAUUCACAUUCAUCACUCCGGGCAGAAAACCCAGUCCAAGGCUCAGCCAAAGCCAGCAUCAUUCAGAGAUCUGUUAAAGUGAAUUUCCAAAACCGUUUAGUACUGACAUUGCAGCAGAUGUCAAGCUAGAAGAGAGAAAAUGUUGCAAGCUUUGGCUGACGUGGACUUCUAGGGGCUGGCUUCACAGCAAACAUUUGGACUUGUCAGAGCAGGGAAAACACAAGUAAACUUAAUGGCAGUAAUGACCGUUCAGUCACUUCUUUUAAGUGUCCCAGUAACAAAAGCAGGAUGUUUUCAAAGUGGGCUGCAGCAGUCAUUAAUACACCUGUGAGUUUCCUGCUGUGACAUGUCAAAAUGUCUGCUGGGCAGCCAGUCCGUUUGGCCCGGACUAGAAGUUGUGUGUUUGUGUUACACUGCUGAUGGGUAGCUGAGGCUGCAUGGCCAGUGUGGAGAAGAGAAUCUGUGACUGAAAAGUGACUGCUCGCCAGAAGUGUGUACUGCAUUAGCAGUGAAUUUAAAAGUACUGGGUAUUCUUUUAAUUGUACAUGACCAGAGGAAGUUGGUUCGAAGGCUGUUUUUUUUGGGGUUUUUUUUAUUAUUGUGGAUUCUUUGGUAAAUUAUAUUUUGGCUUUACAUACAAUAGUUGAAAUUUCAGAUGGUUUCUAAAAACAGAUUUAAAGUUUUACUGCAACAAGAGACUCAUUUAGUAUCUUUGUCCCUGAGGACAGUUUCUCCUGAGUUUGAUUUCAUUGUUUUGUUAUUUAACGCAGUUGUUGAAAACAGUCAGGACUUCCUUUUUUGGCAAAUGUCUGGCAUUAACCUGUCAAGUUAUUUUUACUGUUAUUAGUUUGGGGGAAAAAAAAAAACUUCAUUAAUUCUGUAAUUCCUUGCAUGUUUAUCCCUGCUAAUGUUAAAUAAAAUGCGUGCACCCAUGUUUUUUUUUUUUUUGUAUUUCCAUGACCCUUGACUGUAAUUUUAUUUGUUAAUUGGCUUUGAGAUACCUCUGGUUUGUCUUUUUGUUUUUUUUUUUUAAAGAAUGAAUGGAAAAACAUUGUCAAUGUUAUGCUGUAAGUACAACAUAAAAUCAAUUUGUAUAAA